AUGUCAAAUAAUUAUUAUAGUGGAUAGAUGAACUAGCAUCCUAAUUCAAUGUAGAAUUUCCCCUCUCACAGCUUCCAGCCAAAGCACUAUCAUCCUCUCACAUCGGAGAAGAUUUGCUGUUUCCGCCAUAUAUUUGAGCUCAAUAACUUUUUCAAACAACAGGCAAUAACUGAGGCAGGAGAUGCCAUCAUAAAGUUUUUUAACAAGCCCAAUGCAAUCAGUAUCAUGCUGAGUGAUGAAUCAGCGGAUUUUAAUGCAAAGAGAACGUUAUUUUUGUUAUGCAACGAACAUGCAAGUAGAUUUACGGUCAGUAAUGAGCUCGAAAAAGCUUAAAUACUUCUUGAUAAAGCUUAAGCACUCUCUCAUGAUAUGCCACCUGCCCUCAAGGCUACAUUAUUUUCAAAUAUCAGCUGCUUUUAUGAAAAGACUAAUGAUGAUUAAACUGCUUUACUCUAUUUAAAUCAAGCGAUGUCAGCUGAAUCCCAGGUAAUCGAGUCUGCCCCAUCUUCCCAGUCCAAUCUAACUUAGGUCUCUGCCAAUAAUGCCGCAGAUGUAGUUGGAUUAGCUAUAUCGCACAACAAUCUAGCUGUACUUGAGCUAAAAGCUUAGAAUUUCCCAGCUGCAUUCAAAGCAUCUAAAAAUGCUGUGAUGACAUUAGAGCCCAAACUAUUUUCAGAUAUAAAAUAAGCGUAAAAUUCUGGUCUCGAUCUAAGAAAUGAGAAAGGUUUCGUUGAUAGACUUUAAGUUCUAUUGAUAGCAUACUUUAACCUAGGAGUGAGCCAAUGCAAAGUAGGCAACAUACAAUAUGCCUAAACAGUUUUUGAACACGGAUUUAAGAUGGGCAAGAAAUAUCUUGGAGAAGACCAUUAUUUUACAUAAAGAUUCAUUAGAAGAAUGGCAAAGCCUAUGGGCAAUGGAAUGAGAGGGCCUUCACCUCAAAGAAGCAUCAAGCACGAUACUUCAAAAGUAGGAGGUUAAAGAGCUGCUUCAGCUUAUGGGCCUAUCAUGAAUCCCAAUGAGAGUGAUAUUAUCGUUGACGUAGUAACGACUAAUAAAUAAUAAACUUAAUAACAUUCUAUGAACGUAAUCAGCAAGGGUGAUAAGAGAAAAAUUAUUACAGCAUACCCAAACCCUUAGCACUAACUUAACAAAGAUAAUUCUGGCGGGUCGGUACUUGACUCAGCUCACUCGUCUUCUCAUUCUCAGUUUAACCCGAGAACUGAAUCUAGAAAGCGCUCAGAGCUAAUGCAGAUGGUUAAAGACAGCCAGGAAGAAAAUUAGAUCAGCAACAACAAUGCAAACCAAGAACAGACUAUGGACUACAACGGCAAGAAUUAAAGUUCAUAAGACGAUAUCAAGAAAAAGAAGCAAGAGUUAAUGAAGCAGCUGGAAGACGAGUUAAAGACUAAGCAAGAGCAGAUGUAAAAACAGCAGGAGCAGGAUGCCAAAAAGAUACAGGAUUUGCUUCAAAAUCUCUCAUAAAAUCAAACUGACCUCUCCAAGAAGUGGGAGGAUUUCCAAAAGAAAUAGGAAGAUUUCGAGAAAAAAAUAGCUCAAGAAAAAAACGAGAUUCUACUUGAAAGACAAAGAAUUCAAGAUGAAAACCGUAGAGUCGAGCAGGAGAAGUAGUUACAACUUGAGAAGUUGAGACUUGAGGAACGGCUGCUUGAGCAGGAAAAGAGAUAAUUGAAGGAAAACGAGAGUAAGGCAAAAGAGGUGGAAAACAUGUAUAUAAAAAGCCAAGAGCAGUUGCAAAGAGAGAAAGAUUAGUAACUCAAAGAGUAUCAAGAUAUGAUUAAAAACCUUAUGUCCCAGCAAGAAAAAUACAAUGAUCUAAAAGAUAACUUUACGCAAAUGAUGGCACAGUAGUAAAAAGAACUUCAGGAAAAAGCUGAAAAAUAACAGAAGAAGUUGCUAGAGCAAUUACAGUAACAACAAUAAUAGUCAUAGCACACAUAGUUCUCUCAUUUCGCUUCUUCAAUACCAAAUAAUGAUGAGAAGAGCAGGUAGUUAGAAAAUAAAAUAGUCACAUCUAGCUUCAUCUCCAUUCCCGAUGAAAAACAAUCAAAGCCUAGUUCUAAGAAUAAUUCUUUCUUAAACAUUGUGGAUCAAUUAAAGCCCUAAUGGACGGCUGAUUAGAACCCCCCAAUCAAGAUAUCGAUCCAAGAGAAGCCCAAAGAGGAAGUUAAGAAGGAGUCGCCAGUAUUGAUAAGGCAGCCAUCCAAGCUUUAAGGCUCUUCCUAUUCAGUAGUGGCCAAGGCAGAAGACCUUAAGGAGGAGUAAAUAAAGUCACUUUAGAGACUCUAAUCCUCCUCUAAACUUAUCAAAGAUGUUAGAAAGCAGGGUGAAUCUACCAGUCUCCCCAUAAAUUCGCCUAACAUGGAUAAGGACGGAGAGCUAAAAGUUUAAGAUUCUCCCAAGUCUGCACUAUUAAAGCUAGAUCAUGAUUCUAAAUAAAAAGGUAAUGCACUAUCAGACGUAUCUAGCAUUAAAGAGUCAGCUAAUGCGCCAACUGAGUAACUUUAUACUUUUACUAUGGAAUAAUUAAACGAAAUAAUAGAAGAAGAUAUCAAGUUAUAUGACUCUAGUAUCAUUCUCAACAAUGAAAUUGUGGCUGCUUAGUUCAAGACCCCAAAAAUCGUGUCUCAGGUUAUCUUCUGUGAGGGCCUCUAUUACAAAAUGUACUGUGAGGGGUGUUUGGGCAAGGACGGGAAGCCCAUCUUCAAAAUGAAUGGUAUUUGCGAGGACCCUAAGAUUAAUGUUAAUGAUGAGGAGCUGAUAUUCUUUGAGAUGAAGAGCAUCUUGAAUCUGAUCAUUGUGAAAGAUGUUUUGCCUCCAUUUUUGCCAAUUAAGAAUAUUAGAACUUUUACAGAUAUCUGCAAAUACUUUAUUUUCCCAUUUAUUUUGACAACACAAGAAAAUAGAGGAGACGAAACCUCAACUCCAGGAAAUGCUGAGAUAUGGGGUAGGUCACCUGGAUUACUCUCUUAGCCAACUUAGAUAGAAAUUUUAAAGAACCUAUGCAGCGUGAGUUUGCACUAUGCCAGUGACAGAUAUUUCAGAUUAGCAAUUACUUCUUUAGACCAAGAGAGUGCUAACUCAUUGUACCUAGAUUUAUACUUCGACGAGUCAAGCUUUGAGAAGUAUUUCUAGACUAUAGAUCCAGCAGAUUUCAAGAGAGAUGGCUAAGUUAUACCCCUGAAAGACGGAGAGGUCCGACUCACUUCAAUUAAAAUGGUUGACAAGGAUUUCUUAUUUGAGAUUGAGAAUGCUCUCAAGAUGUUUGAGACCUACCUCAUCAAUGAGUUUGGCUAGGAGGUUCAGUUUCCUUAUAUUGUAUACGAAAGGACUGGCUUGAUUUACCAGCUAAGAAUAAAAGAUGAGGGUCAGCUAUAAGAAUUAUGGUGUGUAAAGGAUGACCCAAAGACGCAGAGUUUUCACAUUGUCUGCAAGACGCUAUAUGAGUUGAGAAUUAAGAAGCAUGUAAUUGAGCAAAUAGAGAGAAGGAUGGUGGUUGACUACAAUCAGAUUUGGAUUACCUUCGGAGUGCCUCUGGGAAACCAAAACCCACUUAAAGACUCCUAGAAGAAGGACGAGUAACAAACCUAGCAAGCAGUAGAUAGAUCCCAGCACAUCAUGAUGGCUUCACUAUUGCUGCAAACUACAUUUUUACAUAUGCCUACUAUGGAGUUAAACAAAGGCGAUGCAGAAGACAGCGACUACGAGGAGGAGGUAAAUAUCAGUCAGAAGAAGAUAGAAUGUGUCAUGCACAUUAGGAAGCUCCUUGACAUCAACAAAGAGAAGAUGCCUCUGACUAUACAGCUGCUUGGCUAUGAUAACAACACCUACCUUGGUAUCAAGGUGACUGCCUACAACCCAGCUCUGAUUAAGGAGACUGGAGUGUUCUUGACUGUGAACCAGAAGUAUUGGGAAUUAACUGAUGAGUAGAAGGCUAAUGUGCCUAAGAAGAAGACAAUGAAGACUGAAAUUUUGCAUGACUUCUAUCACAUCCCAGACUUGCUGAAGAGAAACGGAUUCACAGUGAUUUUCAACAACUUAAUGAUAAAGAAGAAUGAGAAGACUGUGAAGUGGAAGGGCCCCUACGGAGAGUCUCAUAUUGACGUGUUUGAAAGUUACUUUACAAGAAGUAGUAAUUCUCACUGA